GCGAUGGCCGGCUGACUCCCCCUGUUCCUGCAGCUCGCAGUUACCCGAGUCCCGAGGACAUGGAGGAUGCCUGCUCCGAGUACGACAACGUGAGCUCCGAUGUCGAGCAGGACUACGACGAGGUGCUGCAUCUGAACGCCAGGUACUACAAGCAGCACUUUCCUGAGGAGAUAAAGCACACAGGAGGGGAGAACAUUCCUGAGAGCUCUGCUGCCUCAGCCCAACAGAUCACCCCCAGAGCUCGGCACGGCACCAAAAAAUGCGAGGGAUCACAAUCAGAUGUCAAAUCGCACAAAGCAGGUCAUCGCUUCAUGUCACACUGUGUCCUGAUCGCUGGAGACGGAGCAGAGGAGGGACCGAAAAAGGUCCAGGGGGACAGGCUCCUCCUCAGAGAUGGAGACGAGUCAGAGGAGGUGCUGGAUGGAGCUAAACUCACAGAGGAUUCAGAUCAAACAGAGAAUAACGCUCAAAGGCCAGCCAGCCUCCGUCAGACCAAUGAGAAUGAAAAAGUCAGGAAGCGGAGUCAGGAGCGGAGAAGAGAGGACGACACACGAGUCACGAGAAACCACAAUGCUGCCGGAGCUGGGAAGAAGUGCGAUCCGUCCCACGGGGGCCAGAAGGAGAAGGAGCGGCAGGGUAAAGGACGAGGGAGGAGGGCGGCGGGAGGGGAAACUGAGCACCCUGUUCCUGGGUUCAAAGGAUGUGGGACCAACGGCGCCGAGCAGCGUCCAAAGACUCUGUCCAAGGACUGCAGAAAGUCCACAGUCAGGUCCAAGGACAGGCCCGGUUCCAGUAAGCACCAUCAUCAUCCUCCUCCGCCGCCCCGCCAUCCUCAUCCUCAGUCACCUGCAGACCCUCAGAAGGCCCUGCCCCAGAGAGACAGUCCUCCUGUGUCUGGUCCCUCUACGGCUAACGGCCAGGAAAUCCAAUCUGCGGUGAUGAACCCACCUCUGGAUCCUCAUCAGACGGCAGAGGAACAGAAGGAGUCCCCUGAGGAGGUGCAGAGAGGGCCGGAGAAACCCGAGCAGUCCCAGGUCCCUGCGAGCCGGAGGACCUCAUUGACGGGAUCAUCUUCGCUGCUAAUUACCUCGGAUGCACUCAGGUGCUGUCGGACAAAAAUCCAACCAAGUCGGUCCGAAUGUCGCAGGCCCACGAAGCUGUCAGCCACAUCAAGAGCCAAGAUGAAGACUCUCAAAUGAUGACAGAAGUGGACCUCUUCAUCUCAACGAAAGCUGUUAAAGUGCUGAACGCUGACACACAGGAGACGAUGAUGGAUAGUGCCUUGCGGACCAUCUCCUACAUCGCUGACAUUGGCAGCGUUGUGGUUCUGAUGGCACGGAGACGCGUGUCUCAGGCCUCCUCGGAGGAUUUCUCCGAAUCGUCCGACUCCAACAGCGAAGGGAAGAGUCAGUACAGGAUGAUCUGCUACAUUUUUGAGUCUGAGGACGCGCAGCUGAUCGCGCAGUCCAUUGGUCAGGCUUUCAGUGUGGCCUACAGAGAGUUCCUGCGCGCCAACGGCAUCAACCCCACCGACCUGAGCCACAAACAGUACAGCGACAUCAUCAACUCCCAGGAAAUGUACCACGAUGACCUCGUUCACUUCUCAAACUCAGAGAACUGCAAAGAGCUGUAUGUGGAGAAGCAGAAAGGCGAGAGCCUCGGUGUGGUGAUAGUGGAGUCCGGCUGGGGCUCCAUCCUGCCCACCGUCAUCCUCGCCAGCAUGCUGAACAGCGGCCCCGCGGCUCGCUCCGGCAAACUCAGCAUCGGGGACCAGAUUAUGUCCAUCAACGACACAAGUCUGGUGGGGCUGCCGCUGGCUACCUGCCAGGGCAUCAUCAAGGGUUUAAAGAAUCAGGUGAAGGUAAAGCUGAGCAUCGUGAGCUGCCCUCCCGUCACCACCGUCCUCAUCAAGCGGCCCGACCUCAAGUUCCAGCUCGGCUUCAGUGUUCAGAACGGCAUCAUCUGCAGUCUGAUGCGAGGGGGCAUCGCCGAGCGAGGUGGGGUUCGUGUCGGACACCGGAUCAUCGAGAUAAACGGCCAGAGCGUUGUGGCCAUGGCGCACGAGAAGAUCGUUCAAACCCUGUCAGUCUCAGUGGGCGAGAUCAACAUGAAGACCAUGCCCGCCGUGAUGUUCAGACUGCUGACGGGACAGGAAACGCCGGUCUACAUCUAGAGAACCCUGCACCGAUUGAACCGUGGCACCGCGGCCCAGCUGGAUGAGGAGAAUUUAUUUUUCUAUCAUUUUUAUUUAUUUAUAUAUUUUUUUUGCCUCCGGUUGCAAUGCUGUAAAAGAACACCCGGUUCUCAUUUUCAGGUUUUUCCUCAUGAAUUGCAUCAUCAUAAUGGCCUUAUUAUUACAACGUGAAAACUGUCUGUAGUGCUGUUUGUGAAGUUAAUGGUGUUUCCGAAGAGAAGUAGCUUUAUGGUCAUGAUUAUUUUCUUAUGAAGAGAUAAAUUAGCACAUUUAUUUUUGAUUUAGUCAUUUUUUUACAACGUAGAUGGGGUUUAAAACUGUAGUUAUACUGUAAAUACUUUGAAUUACUCAAGGACCUGAUUGGAAAGGCCAUAUUACUCCUGCAAAAUGACAGUAUGCAUGUGAUAGUGGAAAAAAAAAAACAGCUGACCAGGGAUUCAUUCUCAAUCUGACGUGUUAAUCUACAGCUAAGUGUUCAAAGCCAACAAAGAUGGGACUGAGCUCUGAGUUACGGCACCAAUGAAGGCCAAAGACACACUUCCUGUUCGGAGACACGAUCAUUACUUUUACCAGAGCGUUCAAGAAUGUAUCAAUACACAUUACUGAAUGAAUGUAAUGGUAAGAAAAUCUGAAAAUACAGUUUGUUAAACUCA